AUGGAACACACCGAUGAUAUCCUUUCUCAAUCCACAAUGUCGUCAAGCUCACUAGCGUCCAGCGUAUCAUUCGGUGUUCAAUCAUUCUCAAAAUUACGCCCGUCUUCUAUUAGUACGGCUCCCACAUCUCAUUCGUCAUUUUCAUCAAUUACACCCCAAUCCUCUAAACUCGACUCCAGCAUAAACAUAGAUUCGUCUCAAUAUCAUAUUACAAAUAGCGCCUCGUCUUCGGAAAGUGAGCUUGACGUUGAUUUCUUGUGUUCGACCUGCAAGCAACCAAGAAAAGAUGAUCGUUGGUGUCAAUACUGCGAGUCACAGAAACUUUCAAUGGAUUUCUCAAACUGGACGAGUGGAAAUCCAGAUCUUAAUGAAUUCAUAAGGGACACUCAACGUAGAGCCAACAGCAAAACUGACUAUUUGGUAUGGAUAGAUUAUGAAAUGUUUGAAGAUGUAGAAUUUUUGGCUAAGGGAGGAUUUGGGGACGUAUACUAUGCAGUUUGGACCAAUGGACCCAAUAAGAUUUUGGUGUACGACAAAGAAGAACAUACUUGGAAAAUAACAGCAAGAACUCCAGUAGCCUUGAAAUGCCUAUACGACUCUAAGAAUAUCAGUGCAGAUUUCUUGAAUGAAUUAAAAUCACAUUAUAAAUGUCGUAAUGGCCUUAUCCUUCGCUGCUAUGGUAUUACACAACACAGAGAAACCAGAAACUACAUGUUAGUGAUGCAGUAUGCAAACGGGGGUGAUUUGCGUAAUUACCUCUGUGAAAAUUUAUCUCUACUUACCUGGGGUCAAAAACUGAGGAUGCUUUGUGAUAUAGCACUAGGCCUUGAGGGAAUACACGAUGUGGAUCUUAUACACCGAGACUUUCACAGUGGAAAUAUAUUGCAGCAUACAUUCAAUGAUGGCACCGUGAAAACAUUUAUCACAGACUUGGGGCUUUGUAGACCUGUGAAUAAAUUUGUGGCGUCCAAAGAAAAAUUGGGAAAGAAAAUGGAGGAUUUACGCUUUUGGACGCAUCCAAAGGCAGUUUAUACCAGUAGGUUGCUGCCAAUAAUUAAGACUUCGAGGAAAAGUGGUAAGUGA